CUAAGAAAGACUGCUCCCAUAAUGGCAAAACAUACAAACAUGGGUCUAACUUCCCCCGUGGAGAUGGAUGUAAUACAUGUUUCUGCACUGAUGGAGUUGUUGGCUGUACUGAGGCAUUCUGUGCUCACUGCAAGAAAGAUGGCAUUCUUUAUCCUCUGGGAGCUUCAGUGCCCGGAUCAUGGCCUUGUGAACACUGUCGCUGUGUUAACGAUCCCGACACCGACAUAUUGGAUGCAAAGAUCAUAUGUGCAAUUAAAGGUUGUCCGCCACCGGCUUGUCAAAAUCCCGUGACCAUGCCUGGUCAAUGCUGUCCUGUUUGUAAAGGAUGCAAUCCGAUUAUGUGCACGAUGUUCUGUGAAUUUGGCUUCAAGAAGGAUGCCAACGGUUGCGAUAUAUGCUCGUGUGCAGAUGACCCAUGCAAG